CCUCUUCCGGGUCAACCUUCCAGGGGAGGGAACCCUAUGGGUUGUUUCCUGCGUGAUAUCCUAACAGUGUUGCUGCCGCUGCGGUCACUUCUCCAAACCCAGCGUCGCAUGCUCGGUUCAGAGUCCGUUUCGCCCCCUAAAAGGCCUCGCAGCAACCUCAUGGCACCGCCGCGAAUCGGGACGCACAACGGCACCUUCCACUGCGAUGAGGCUCUGGCCUGCGCGUUGCUCCGCCUCCUGCCAGAGUACAAGGAUGCAGAGAUUGUGCGGACUCGGGACCCCGAAAAACUGGCUUCUUGUGACAUCGUGGUGGAUGUGGGUGGCGAGUACAACCCUCUGAGACACCGUUACGAUCAUCACCAGAGGACUUUUACAGAAACUAUGAGUUCCCUGUGCCCUGGGAAGCCAUGGCAGACCAAGUUGAGCAGUGCGGGACUUGUCUAUCUGCAUUUUGGGCAUAAGCUACUGGCCCAGUUGCUGGGCACUAGUGAAGAGGACAGCAUUGUGGAUACCCUCUAUGACAAGAUGUACGAGAACUUUGUGGAAGAGGUAGAUGCCGUGGACAAUGGGAUUUCUCAGUGGGAAGAAGGGGAGCCUCGAUAUGCACUGACCACUACACUGAGUGCCCGGGUUUCUCGACUUAAUCCCACCUGGAACCAACCCAACCAAGAUACUGAGGCAGGGUUCAGGCGUGCGAUGGACUUGGUGCAAGAAGAGUUUUUACAGAGACUAAAUUUCUACCAGCACAGCUGGCUGCCAGCCCGCGCCUUGGUAGAAGAGGCUCUGGCCCAGCGAUUCCAGGUGGACUCAAGUGGAAAGAUAGUGGAACUUGCAAAAGGUGGGUGUCCUUGGAAGGAGCAUCUUUACCACCUAGAAUCUGAGCUGUCCCCCCCAGUGGCCAUCACCUUUGUUAUCUACACUGACCAGGCUGGACAGUGGCGAGUCCAAUGUGUACCCAAGGAGCCUCACUCAUUCCAAAGUCGGCUGCCCCUGCCAGAGCCAUGGCGGGGACUUCGGGAUGAGGCCCUGGACCAAGUCAGUGGGAUACCUGGCUGCAUCUUUGUCCAUGCCAGUGGCUUCAUUGGUGGGCACCGCACUCGAGAAGGUGCCCUGAACAUGGCCCGUGCCACUCUUGCCCAGCACCCAGCACCCACACCCCUUGCAAAUGCUGUAGUCAAAUAAAACUUCAUCUCUGACAACGGGCUCUUA